AUGGCCACCCAGAACGCUUCCUCGCGCGCCAUCGACUCGGCCGUCGAGAUGCUGAACGACUUCGUCGCCGACAAACAUUCGUCGCCCAUUCCACUCCCAUCCGCGGAAGUACCUACCCAGACUUCUAAUGACCCAACAAAUGUAUCUGCCACCGCCCGAGUCCUCGCCAUACCUGAACUCCUGGAGAACAUACUGCGCCUUGCAACCUCAUCUCCGGUCUAUGCAUUUACGACGAACAAGCGAUCAGCCCCUGUUUCGGGACGCAGACACUAUCGAACCCCAUGCAAGAGACUUUUCAUCCUACAGCGAGUUAACAGCACCUUCAAGGCUGUGAUCUGCAGAAGUAAGGUGCUGCAGCAGCGUAUGUUCCUCCAGGCAUUCGAUCCGCCUAAGGAGAUACCUUCAGACAUGGUCCAUACUUCCUGCCAAGAAUCCUUCCAGUGGCUCAUUUCAGGAGUCGUUAUCGAGCUCAACUACGUUCAAGAGCUCACUGGUCGACCCGAACAGCUGAGACUUGACUCGCGAUCAAAGAGCGGAGUGAUUAUAACCAGCAGUCCUGCUGCAUCUUGGCGGAAGAUGAAGCUCCACUGCGUCAAAGGUCGCGGCCUAAUCGACAUCAUUUUGUGCACAGAGUUCGACGCUGACUUCCCAGUGUGCAAGUUUCGUGAGCAGGACGAGAUGACGCUGGGAAAGCUGUAUGAGGGACUAAAGAAGCUGCUGCCUUUGCUCGCGCUUGUCCAGGACCUCGAGAGGCGCACGCGAUCAAUCUACCUUAAUCGAAAUAUCUGGGCACCCAAGAAACUGGAAUUGGCGAAGGAGAACCUUCGAGUGGAGUGCGCUCGGACUGAUCUGUGGGAUUGA